AUGAAGCUUUUCCGAAAAUGGCAAUGGCUUCCAUCCAUCCCCGCAACAGAGCUGGAACAAUGCAUGAAUUCCCCGCUCGCGGACGAAGCUCGAGGAUUCGCGCGUCUCUGUGACGUUGGCCAGAACGGCACGUGGGCAGUCCGCUGCCACGGGUGGAUGAAACUGACAGACGAGCAAUUCCACGUCCUGAAGGUGAAGAGUGCGAGGGGGCCCUUGCUGGAAUGGGAAUGCACGCUCUGGGCCAUCAUCAAGGACUACGAGGCGCAACCUGUCCGUCCUGAACAUGUAACCCGUAUCCUGGAGAGAAUAGAGAUCGCCAAAGACGCCUUGCUUAUCCCGGGCGAUGUCGCUGCUAGAAACUUUCGAAAUGGCCUUCUGGUCGAUCUGGGUGGGACAAAGACCUUUCCUCUAGGCCGAAGGUUUUGGUCUGCGAAGGUUUACAACCGGUUCUAUGAGGAUUUCCGCUAUACCAUCCGCGACUGGAUGUUCCUUGAAGAUGGCACGGUGGGCAGCUGGCAUUUUGAUCGUCAUCGACUGGCUACAUAA